AUGGUGGUGAAGAAUCAGACGGUGGUCACGGAAUUUCUCCUCUUGGGUUUUGGAGACCUCCAUGAUCUCAAAAUUCUACUUUUUGUCUUCCUUCUGAUUAUUUAUGUCAUGGCUUUAACAGGAAACUCCCUUGUCAUUGUCUUGGUUAUGAUCAGUCAGAAUCUUCGCUCUCCCAUGUACUUCUUUCUGUCCCAGCUGUCCUUGUCUGAAUUCCUCUUCACCAGCAAUAUUCUGCCCGGCAUGUUGUGGCUAACACUAACAGGUGGUGGAAAAAUAUCCAUCAUCAGAUGUUUUUUGCAAUUUUAUCUGCUAGCAGUAUGCACCAUCACUCAAUGCCUGCUGCUAACCACAAUGUCCUUUGACCGCUACGUGGCCAUUUGUAAGCCAUUAAAUUAUACCCUCAUUAUGACCUUUGGACUUCAACUUCAGAUCAUCACGUUAUGUUGGUCAUCAGGAUUUAUUUUAUCAAUUGUACUAUUUGGUUUCCUAUAUAGGUUAGAAUUCUGUGGUCCAGAUACCAUCAAUCAUUUCUACUGUGACAUUGGUCCUGUUCUAGAACUUGCAUGUUCCGAUGUUUCUUCUGCUAAGCUGGUUACCUCCAUGUUGUCAACUCCUCUUGUUGUCUGUCCAUUUUUGCUCAUCACAGCCACCUAUAUUUCCAUCUUCUACACCAUCAUGAAGAUCUCAUCCUCCAUCAGAAGACAAAAGGCCUUCUCUACAUACAGUUCCCACCUCACUGUAGUUUGCCUAUACUUUGGCAGCUUGGCAUCUAUAUAUAUAUUCUCACCAAAAAUCAGUUCUUCCAAUACAAAAAAGAAUUUGUCUUUAAUAUAUAUCUUGGUGACUCCAUUAUUCAACCCUCUGAUCUACAGCUUGAGGAACCAGGAUAUUAGAGGGGCCAUUGCGAAACAUAUACACCUUUUCUGCACCUAG